CACACCAAACGCGAAUAGAGCGUCAAAUUCGCGUCUACCACGUCUAGUUUGCCGCUUGAACAUUUUGAAUGCAUUCGCGCGUCUAGAGUGAAAUAGACGCGCGUAAAAAACAAGCGUUUGAAGCUAAAUUGAUGCGCGUCCGAGGCGAAAUCCGCUUCUUGUGGGAGGGGCAAGUGCUAGGCGGUUGUCUGUUUGCAAGAUGGCUGAUGUUGAUCGUGCGUUCAUCGAGAGAGCUACCGCUUUGUUUUUGCUCUGGAGAGCAGAACAGCGGCGUAGGGGUCAGCGUCGCCGUACUUGGGUCCACCAGACCCUCCGGAGGCGUUCCCAGUUUGGCGAGUAUCAUCAUUUGCUCCAGGAGCUGCGCCUGGAUGACGGCCGCUUUCAAUCCCAAUUUGAUGACCUGUUGUCCCGCGUCGGAGCGAGGAUCACCCUCCAGGACACCAACUACAGGCGCUCUAUCCCAGCUGCGGAGCGCCUGUCCAUCUGUCUUCGGUUAGUAAAUGUGUAUGUAUUUUAAAUGCAGUAUAUUAUAUAUAUUAAAUACAGUAUGCUAAAAUACACUAUGCUAUCAAUGUUUCUCAAACUACGGAUACCACUGUUGGUGCUCUUUCUAGUGAUACUCAGUAGGUCUUUGUAUUUUAAGUCCUGAUUUAAUUUUAUUUAGACCUGAUUUUGUUCUGGUAUAAUCGUGGUUUAGACCUGGUUGAGUCCUACUUUUGUCCUGGUUUAGACCUGUUUUUUCAGUCACAUUUUAAUCCUUGUUAAUUUGUGAUUUAGGCUUCCUUUAAAUUCAUUAAAGUGGUACUAUUGCAGUGUACUUAUAAUAAUAUUCUAAUAUUAUAAUAAUAAUAUAUUAUUAUAAUAACAUUAUAAUAAUAUUUAUAACAAUGUUUUCUAGGUUUCUUGCCACUGGGGACUCAUUCAGGACCAUAGCGUCCAGCUACAGGGUUGGUGUCUCCACGGUGUGCCAGAUCGUCCCCCAGGUAGUGACUGCCAUCUGGGACUGCCUUGUGGAGGACUACAUGGCUGUGCCCACCACUGAUGACUGGAGGUCCAUCGCAGAGGGAUUCCAGGAGCGGUGGAACUUCCCUCUGUGCUGUGGAGCGGUGGAUGGGAAGCAUGUGGUGAUGAAGGCACCCCCCAACUCAGGAUCCCAGUUCCACAAUUACAAGGGAACCUUCUCCAUCGUUCUCCUAGCAGUUGUGGAUGCAAAGUAUCGCUUCCGGGUGAUCGAUGUUGGGGGGUACGGCAGGACCAGUGACGGUGGGAUUCUGGCGAACUCCGCCUUUGGACAGGCUCUCCGGGCUGGCACACUUCAUCUGCCUCCUGACCAGCCUCUACCUGGUGCUGAAGAAAGAGGACCCCAGCCCCAUGUCUUCGUCGCUGAUGAGGCGUUCCCGCUGCGGAGGAACCUCAUGCGGCCCUUCCCUGGACGCACCCUUCCUCCAGAGAGGCGUGUCUUCAAUUACCGUCUCUCCAGAGCCCGGCUGGUGGUGGAGAACGCCUUUGGCAUCCUCUCCUCACAGUGGAGGAUGUACCGGCGGCUCAUCGAGGUCCACCCUGAAGUUGCGGAGAAGUGUGUGAAGGCGACAUGUGUUCUCCACAACUUCAUGAGGUGUUCGGAGGGGAGAGAGGCACCUGCUGUGAGGGGCGCGGGACAAGCUGGAGAGGAGCUGCUGCCAGGUCUGGGUCGGGUUGCAGCAAACUACUCCUCCAGAGAGGCAGUCCGGGUGAGGGAUGUCUUCGUGGCACAAUUCUCGGCAGAGGGAGCAGUAGCAUGGCAGCCAACAGAGUAGUGUUUGAAGUCCUACUCAUGACUUCCCACAACGGCUCUUUUAAGAGCCACCCACAAACCUAUAAAGAGCAUGACUAUCUUAAAAGAGUUUUACCCUUAUUACUAAUAUAUAUACACACACACACACACACACACAAAUAUAUAUAAUAUAUAUAAUAUAUAUAUAUUUUUUAAGAUUAAAUGCAAUAUGUUCUAUGUAAGAUUAUUGGUUUGUAUGUUGUUUUGUUCUGCCUCCUCUCUGUUUGCAGGUCAUGGCUGCACUGUGUCUGGUCUAUCUGUCUGCUCUACUCCUGCUGGCCCAGUUCCAGGCUGUCAGGUCCACCACAACAAUGCACAUUUAAUAAUUUUAGACCCUGAGUCAUUAACUUUUUCAAAUGGUAGGUUUUCCACGUUAGUAUAUAAGGUAAAAUGAUAAAAGCAGGUAAAAUGAUAAAAACAUUCAUAGUUAACAUAGCUGAACAAGGUCAUUCCUCAUUUGAUGUAUAAUAAUUCUAUAGGUCUGUGCUGUUUCUUUGUUCAGGUUAUUACUGUAAAAUAAUCUGUCAUUUAUUUUUGUUUUGAUGAUAAAUGGAGCCAACCUCCAAAAGUAA